AUGUUCUCCUUCGCCAAGAUCGCCACCUUCGCCGCCCUCGCCUUUGGCACCAUCGCCAUGGCCAUCCCCUCCCCCGCUCCUGUGGCCGCCCCUGAGGCCGGCGAGCUUGUUACUCGCGCUUCCCAGGACAUCUCGACGAUCCUCACCAACCUCAACAACGACUUGAAGGAGCCUCUCGGCGAGCUCAACGGCAUGACCGCGACCACGGCCACUCCUGACAACGUCAACACGAGCGUGCAGAAGGUCAAGACCCUCGUCACGACCGCCACGACCGCCAUUCAGAGCGCGAAGGGCAACGGUAACGGAAACCCUCUUAUGCUCAUGAGCACCACUGUCAGCAACGUCAUGACGGCCGUGAACAAGGCGCACAGCGUCAGCACUGAACAGUCCAACGUUCUUGUCGUCAUCAAGAUUCUCGACCCCGUUCUGGCUGCUCUGGUCGCGCUCGUCCUCAAGCUCGUCGGCAACCUGCUCACCAUUGUCCUCGGCCUCGUUGUCGGUCUCCUCGGCGCCGUCACCCAGCUCAUCAUUGGCCUAGACUUCGUCUUGCUCGCUGGCGUGCUCCUGAUCUGA